AUGGCGGCUAUCGAAGCGGCUGCGGAGGUGGUAACGGUGGUGGCGGCCGUUGAGCCAAAGGCGAAGGACGAAGAGGAGGAGGAAGAGGAGUCGCUGCCACCUUGCGAGGCGGUGCGCUGGGCCCCGGUGGGGGCGGUGGCGGAGGCCGGGCCUGGGGCGGCUGCGUUUGUGGAAGAGGCGGCGGCCGAGGAGCCCAGCGCUGCCCCGGGUUCCCCGCCUGACUCGCCGGGCCGGACGCUGCGGCGGCUGCGGGCGGAGCGGCGGCGGCUGGACUCAGCGCUGCUCGCGCUGUCCUCGCACUUCGCGCAGGUGCAGUUUCGCCUGCGCCAAGUGGUGCGCGGGGCGCCGGCGGAGCAGCAGCGCCUUCUGCGCGAGCUCGAAGACUUCGCCUUCCGCGGCUGCCCUCACGUCCUGGGUUAUGAGGGGCCUGGGGACCCCGCCAGUGACGAGGGCGACAGGCUGCCAGGGGACCAGCCACGGUUGCGGGGCGACGACCAGAGUGAGCAGGAAAAACAAGAACGUCUGGAAACCCAAAGGGAGAAGAAGAAGGAACUGAUACUGCAGCUCAAGACCCAGCUAGAUGACCUGGAAACGUUUGCCUAUCAAGAGGGGAGUUAUGACUCCCUGCCACAGUCUGUGGUCUUGGAAAGACAGCGGGUGAUCAUAGACGAGUUAAUAAAGAAACUGGACAUGAAUCUGAAUGAAGACAUCAGUUCCCUGUCCACUGAAGAGCUUCGUCAGCGUGUGGAUGCAGCAGUGGCUCAGAUUGUUAACCCGGCCCGAGUCAAAGAACAGUUGGUUGAGCAGCUGAAAACUCAGAUCCGAGACCUUGAGAUGUUCAUCAGCUUCAUCCAAGAUGAAGUAGGAAGCCCCUUGCAGACAGGUGAUGGACACUGUGAGUGCAAGGCCGGUGGGAAGACAGGAAGUGCCUCCACCAGAACAGGCAGCAGUAGACUGCCUCCGGGAAACAGCAAAACGAAGGCAGAAGAUGCGAAGAGAGUCCGGGAGUCGGGGCUGCACCUGAUGCGGCGAGCGCUAGCAGUGCUCCAGAUCUUUGCUGUUAGCCAGCUGGGUUGUGCCACAGGCCAGAUCCCUCCGACCCUGUGGCAGAGGGGCCAGGCUGAUAGAGACUACUCUCCCUUACUGAAGAGGCUGGAGGUGUCAGUGGACAGAGUGAAGCAGCUAGCCUUGAGGCACCAGCCUCACGACCAUGUCAUCACAUCUGCCAACCUCCAGGAGCUCUCCCUGGGAGGCAAGGAUGAGCUGACCCUGGCGGUGCGGAAGGAGCUGACGGUGGCUGUGAGGGACCUGCUGGCCCAUGGACUGUAUGCCUCCUCCCCAGGCAUGAAUCUCGUCAUGGCCCCCAUUGCUUGUUUGCUGCCAGCCUUCUCCUCGGCCCCUGAGGCCAUGCACCCCUGGGAGCUCUUUGUAAAAUACUACCAUGCUAAGAACGGCCGUGCUUAUGUGGAAUCUCCAGCCAGGAAGCUCUCCCAGUCCUUUGCCCUGCCUGUUACGAGAGGCACUGUUGUGACCCCUAAACAGAGCCUACUGACAGCCAUCCACAUGGUGCUGACAGAACAUGACCCUUUUAAGCGCAGCGCAGACUCAGAGUUGAAGGCCUUGGUGUGCAUGGCACUGAACGAGCAGCGUCUGGUGUCCUGGGUAAACCUCAUCUGCAAGUCAGGGUCACUCAUCGAGCCUCACUACCAGCCAUGGAGCUACAUGGCGCACACGGGCUUUGAGAGUGCCCUCAACCUGCUUAGUCGCCUAAGCAGCCUCAAGUUCAGCCUCCCUGUAGACCUGGCUGUGCGCCAGCUCAAGAACAUCAAAGAUGCCUUUUGAUGAGAAUGCCUGACCCCAGACCAGCGCCUUGCUUAGUAGGGAUGGAUGUGUUAGUCUUCUAGGAUAGAAGCAAGGAGUUGGAGGAGGGGUAAAGACAUUUUUCCUAGCCCCUGCUUAGGUGGUCAGUGAAAUGAGUGCAAAUCUGUUUGCCCCACCAACUUAGCAUCUUGGAAAGAUGUGCCAGAAACCCUCUUGUCAAGAAGGUUCUGCCCUAGUGUGUAACCACAGUGUAUGGUGUGGGCACGUGUGCCCAGCCUAUGUUAAAGGAAUCAAUUGUGGCACACAGUUAAUGACCCAAUUCAUUGUGCCUCAUUUGAUUUUUAGAAAACUUGAGUUGCUCUAACCAUUCUUUUUAUGGCAGUGAGUGACAACAUAAGUGAGUUGUUGGUACCGGAAGACAUUCAACUUGAGGCUCCUAUUAGUCGAGUUGAGAGCCAUCUUCUUUCAUUUGAAGCAGGUUUGAGAGUCCCAAGGCCAGAAUUUAAAUUCCUUUUAUAAAUUCAGAUUCCCCUUUCUUCUUGACCCCAAGGUCAGGGGAGACUAUAUAUUCCAUGCUGCCUCUAAAACUAGGAAUGGGAAUAUCUGAGAACAACAUUUCUAAGGGACUUAACUACAAGUUGAUUUUAACAUAAGCCCUUUUUUUUCUCUUAAGAACUGAAAUCUCCCUGACAAGGUAGUCCUCUUCUCACAGCACAGACAAUGGUCUUUUCUGUCUAUGAGGAAUGAGAACUGAUGUCUAGUACUAUGUCCUCUGGCAAGUAAACUUUCCUUCACACGCCUCCCAGCAAGACACAGUCUUUUUAGAAGUGAAUAUAUUCAAGAUAAACUUCUUAAGAAAAUCCUUACCACUCAAGUCAAGCAUGUACAGGAAUAUAUAUCAGUAACCAGCAGCUACUCCUCCCUGGGUUGUGACUUGCCGGGCACCACCUGUCCUGGAGUCUGGGUUUUGGAGGAGGUCUAUUCUUGCAAUAGGUACUGCAGCAGGGACAGGAACUAUGGAGGUCCCUGUUUACAGACCAGAUGGCCAA